CCAGUCCGUGCUGGGCGGGACUCGCGGCAGGUUCGCGCGUCGCUUCGCAGUGUCGUGGCGUCUCUAUCCUUCCGCAACCCGCGAGUGCGCGCCGCUCUGCUGCCGCUGCGGACGCAGCCCCCGCAGCCCCCGCUGGACUCACUCCAAGGCCGCCACGCGCGCUCAACUUGGCCAGCUCCCUGCUGACCAUGGCCGACUCCGAACCAAAGCCGAGCGCCCAAGGCAAGGCGCCGUCCGAGGCCCCCAAGGAGGCCGCCAAGGACGCCCCCAAGGACGCCGCCAACGGCACGGCCACCCCGCCGCCGGCGGCCAGCUCUCCGCCCAGCGCCGCCUUCAAGGAGCAGUUCAAGGCCUUCAGCAAGUUCGGAGACACCAAGAGCGACGGCAAGGCCAUCACGCUGUCCCAGAGCGACAAGUGGAUGAAGCAGGCUAAGGUGAUCGACCCCAAGACCAUAACCACCACGGACACGGGCAUCCACUUCAAGAAGUUCAAGCUCCAGAAGAUCACCUUGGCCGAUUACAUUAAGUUCAUAGAUGACCUAGCCAAGACGCGCAAAGUGGACGUCGAGCAGAUCAAGAAGAAGAUGACCGAGUGCGGGGCGCCCGGCGUGACGAGUGCAGUGGCCAAGUCCAAGGCGGACGCCGCGGUGGAGCGGCUCACGGACGUCACCAAGUACACCGGCUCGCACAAGCAGCGCUUCGACGAGACCGGCAAGGGCCGCGGCAUCGCCGGCCGCAAGGACCUCCCGGACGCGUCGGGCUACGUGUCGGGCUACAAGGACAAGGACACGUACGCCAAGACGCACUGAGGAGCCCCCUACAAGACCACCGAGACCAACCUAACCAAGCUCGAGAGAAGAGACUCUGCUGUCCGACUCAGCGCUGCUCCAACCCGCCCAGGCGACGUAGACGACUGCGCUGUUCUUAUUUUUGUAAUUUGUCUCUUAAGUCUAGUUGCGAACGAAACGAAACGCCAGCAUCCCCCCUUCGUGAGUCGUGGUCGACUUAUGGUGGCUUGCUACCCUCAGGGGUCUCGUGGAGUCGGAGACACGGCCAGACACGGUCAGACACGGCCCGCGGGCUAGAGAGAGAGGCGGCACCACGAGGAGUGCGUGAGCGUGCGUGAGUGCAACCGAGAGCGCCCUAUGCCGCCCUGCCACCCUGCCGCCCGGUGCACGUCGUUCUCUGCUCUGUGAGACCCCUGUUUCACUUCAAGCGUUUGGGAGACAAGGCGUCCCUCAAGUUUCUCAAAAAGAGCACCACCAUUGCUCGCUUAGUUCGUCGUGUUUAAUCGGUGUAAACUUUUCCUGAAGCACUCAAAAAUCUUGCGAAGAAUUCUGCAGCAUUACAAUAUUGAGGACAUAGUCAAAACAUAAUUACCUGUUUUCGUGCUUUGAGACAAAUGUAUUUUCUAUUCGGUAUUUGUCGAUUUUAAAUCAAUCUUUGGAUCAAAUUCACCACAAAAUUCCUCGUUUCAUAUCUCAGGGGACAAGUGGGCAUCAACAGUGCUGUAGAACUCUGUGAAAGGUUUUUGUGCGUGCUAUUUGAUGUUUGUACGUUCUACAAUACUCUAAACAUAAGACGUCGUUUCUUUGACCAGCUUGAAAUGUUGCUUCACGCGUCACCUGUGUGCAACUCCCUCCAUUUCAUCAGCGAGGCUUCUUCCGAGGCGACGAUUGGUUCUGUUUUUGCAUUUCGGUGCUUUGUGGCACUUUGUGUAUAGUCUCUAGUGUUCGGGCCCACGCCUUUUUCACUUACGUACAAAAAGUGCACAACGAUUCAGUGUGCAAUACUUUGUGGCGGCAGCGUUUGGCGCCUCCGGAACAAUUUUCUUGUAUAUUUUUCUGCGUUUGUACAUUGUGUAUGUUAUUUUACCCUUAAGGGUGUUUCAAAGUGGCUUGGACGGGAAGAGAGAAGAACCGAAACGGCUCACACUAAAUGUUUAUGUGCUUAUGUCCAUGACUAUUGCGAUAUUAGUGCAUGUGUAAGCUAUGUAUGUAAUGUAGUACGUAAAAUGGCGACAGUUUUUCUAUCUUGUGUUUAGGUAUUUGAAAAAUUGUCUCUGGUUUAUAACAAAAAUUUCUACAUAACUUAUGUGUGCAUAAGUAUGGUAUUAGUUAUGAACAAAAAGUCCGCAAGCAUUCAGUGUGCGGUCGGAAAUCAAAGAUUUUAUGAGAAGUCGGCGGGACAGAUUACGCAUCUGCACUGCUUAUUUCUCGUAAGAUAUGACAUUUCUUCUCAUUCCGGUUGCAGCCGUCUUUGGCAUUCCCCAGAGUGGUUGUUAUAUUAUGUGCGUUGCAUCUUCUUUGUUACUGUUGUAAGGUUUUUAUUAUUUGUUAAGUUUACUGUGACUUGAUCUCUGCGAACUUUUUAUUUCCUCACUUGGGAAAGGUAUUGUUUACUGUUAUCAAUAUCUUACAAGCAAGGCAGCUCGGAGAACGGUGCGUAACACUCAACUUCGCUUGAUGAUUCAAUAUCUCUCAUUGUCGAUGCAAAGAUUGCAGUCGAAAGCACCAAGAAGGAGGCAGACUUUACGAAAACGAAUGAACGAACGAAAUAAUGCAAUUCCUCAGAAUACGAAACAUUUUCUUUGAAUUUCAAUUUGUUGCCAUGCUUACCUGCGGGCCUGGGUGGGCCUAUGGUGGGCGGCGCAUUUGACGCGUUGGUGUCGAAGGAGUUGCCUACCUCGGCCCGCCUCGGCCCGCCCUGGCUUGGCGUAGCGUUGCGCAGUCCCCGCCUGGAAAAGACGCUUCAAUCAAACAGAUGAGUGAGAGAGAGUGUGAGUGAGUGAGAGAGAGAGAGAGAGAGAGAGAGAGAGAGAGAGAGAGAGAGAGAGAGAGAGAGAGAGAGAGAGAAGACCACAAUUUCGCGGAAACGCAGGUUGUGGCAAAACGCGGCGAGACACAUUGCUCCAUACAGUCCAUUGACCGGUCGCAUCGACGGCACCGCUGUCGGUCUCCGGUCGGACGCAAAUGGCCCACUAGGGGCCGCACGUGUAAAUAUCUUAAGCUACGUUAGGCUGUACAGUGUUCUAGACUAAGGUUUUCAUUUCGAGUUUCAUUAAUUUUCCCAUUCGGUUCUAGAGGGCAAACCCCAGAACUGUUCCGAUGCAUGCUACUGUAUUGUGGAGGUUCCCCGAGGGUCGCCGUCGUCGCUACGGCGAGGCCCCUCGGUCUCCACAUUUCGCUCUAGGCAAUAAUAAAUCUCACCAUUCCUCGGGAUCGCUCCAGGGUAAGAGGCGCAAGGUGGGGACCGUCUCGAGACCUCACCUUGACGCCCCAUCUGAAGUCUCGUAGUGUUAGUAAAAGGAGUAAGAGGAACCCCUCCUACCCGGCCACCAUAUGCCCUGAAAUAUGUACAUAUGACUUUAGAAUAUUUAGUAUACAUAAAGUAUAUUUGGUAUAUUUAGUAUAAGAUUAGCAAGUAGUCCGCAGAACCAAGUUACCUCUAUUUUCUCAACUUAACGGAGUCUGAGGCCACCCAAAACACCCGGUUCGGUUUUCCUCCGUCUUGGCCGAUUCACCCAUCUGUAAAUCGUAGUGUAGUAUUCGAUAAACUUAGACGUCUUUUGCGGGAAAGAUUUUUUAAUUUGUUUAUAAUCUACGCGUUAUAUUUCCCGGCAAAGUAGCGUUCCAAAGGGCGCCAGAAAGCGCAAAACGAGAGAUGCAGCCCACAAGCGUCGGAGAGCCGUCAAAACUGCCACUCGUCGCAUUUUUUUGGCGGAUUUCGAGCGGCCGUUUUGGCGGUUCCUUGGUCACCUCUAAGGCGCUAACGCGCUUUUGGGCGCCCCUUGGACGCCGCUCUGCUCCCUAUGGGAAGGGGGUGUCGCACCGUACGGCACCUCUCCACCUGGCAUUGAGAAUACCACAAGGAAGUACCUUCCAACGAGGCGGCUGUGUCGGUGCACCUGCCUAGUGCGGCAGUGCACCACACCGGGACUGCCAGUCAAAACACCGCGCAAGUUUUCCUCAGAAAGCCGCGGUGUCUUGGCCGACGAGCCCAUCUUUAGUGUAAGUUAGUGGUAGUGUUAGUUAGAAAACAUCUUUUGGCGGGAAAGAUUUUAUAAUUUGUUUAUUAUCUACGCAUUCUGUAUCCCAGCAGAGCAUGUUGCCCUGGGGGCCCGAAUAGGGCGCAAGUGGCGGGGCGCCUCACCGCUCACCAAAGUGGCCGAGUCAUAACCAAGCCACUCAAAGUCAUGUCAACAUCGAAUUGGCUCGUAUACAUUUCAUCACUAUGUAUUCUUUGUGUAUAGGCUUUGCACAGAAUUGGGCAUGAGUUUUAGAAUGCACGAAUUUGUGCGUUAAGCACGAAAGUGUGCGUUGUUGCUCAUGGAUUCGUACGUUUAGCGAGCAUGCUCCAUUUUGUGCAACGAAACUACGUAGUAAUUUAGUGUGUCGUCAUGUUAACAACAAUAUGACUCCGUGGCUGCCGCGGUUGAGGCACAGAGGGGCCCGCCAAAACUUCCUUCCCUUCGACUGAAACUUAAACUGGGCGGGUCUUUUGGCGUUUUGGCGGCUACUUCAGCCUUCGGCCCUUGUCUCGCCUCAGCGCCCGUUAGCGCCUCUAGGACGCCGCACUGCAAUGGGAGGGGGACGUCGCUCCGCACGACUCCCCUUCAACGUCACACAGUAUGAGAGCAUAUAACCUUUAUUAAAUGGUUCCUUGGUGCUGUGGUGGUGUGCACGGAUGCCCGCUAAGAAACGUCGAAUCAAAAUUUCGGUUAAUUCUGGGACAACCAGCAAAUCUAGCGGAUUGGUUGUGCCGAAGCGUUGAGUUGCCUUUCUUCCGGGCAGCACACCGGGGGUAUCGUUCAGGACAGCGCUCGCAGGCUUGACCUUUAUCGACUAAUUAGGAAUUAACAUGCUGUCUUGAAUAGUACUCCCAAUUGUAAAUACAGUAGAUAUAAGUGAGCAAAGCGUUAGUUAAGUGAGGAACGGGAUGACCACUCCGACUUUAACAUUGGGGGAACAAAUUGGAUUCGACAUCGGGGGUUGUUCUAGAUCCUGACGAACGUUUCAGGCGAGGUCUGCGUCUCUCUACGACCAUGAUAUUAUUACUUUACUACCAAUACAUAUCAGAGUUUGAAGAAAUAAUUUGAGAUACUAAAUCUUGUUGUCAAAGUCUGCCUUCUUCGAUGCAUUUAGGGUGUUCGAUAUCACGCUGUCUUCUACUGCUCUCCGUGUUGCCAACUUCUUGUCUGUUUGUAGUUGAAAUAAAGUCAGUGUGGGCCUGUC